AUGGGACUCUACCUCCCCCGCUGGGGCACCGCCCUCACCUGGGUGUUCCUCUCUCUCAUCGGCCUGCUGACCGGGGUCGUCGCCUUCAUCGUGUCCUUCGGCGUCUCGGGCAUCCUGCUCGCGCGGUCGCUGCUGGUGGCAUGGAUCCUUGACGAGCCGACGCCGGCGCGAGUGAGCGCGCUGUACGUGGUCUUCAACUUGGCGUGCGCGCUGGUGGGCGGCGCCCUCGUGAUGUUCGUGUCCAAGCCCGCAGCGGGAUCGGGAAUCCCUCAGAUUUACGGGUACCUGAACGGUGUGGACGCCCCGGAUUUCUUCACGCUGCCCACGGCUGUCGUGAAGACGAUUGCCAGCAUUCUGGCAGUCGCGGGGGGGCUGGCCAUCGGCAAGGAAGGGCCGCUGCUUCAUAUCGGGUCCAUCAUUGCCCACUUCCUGGGGCGAACGUCCAUUUUCCGGCGCCUGAAGCAGGCGAAAGAGAAAGAGCCCUUCAUGGCCGAGAUGCACAUGCGCGAUCUGGUGGCUUGCGGCGCUGCCGCUGGCCUCGCUGCCGGCUUCAAGGCGCCGAUUGGGGGAAUGUUGUUUGCUCUCGAGAUGUCAACGAGGUGGAGAGCAGAGCUCACAUGGCGGUGCCUGUAUGCCUGUGCAGUCACUGCCUGGGUUGUGCGCUCUCUCACCAGGCUCUGCACUGGCGAUCGCGACUUUCUCAACUGGGGAUCGCUCAUGUUUUACGAAGUCUCCUUUCAGUCCCCUUAUGAUCAACUGCCGUUGGUUGCCAUAUUAGGGAUCUGUGGGGGCUUGCUUGGUAGCAUGUUCACUAUCAUCACUACAUACUUUGGAGCCAAGAGGACUCGAAUCUUGAACAACAGAUGGGCCCGCAUCCAUGAAGUCGCCAUCAUAUCUGUAGCAACCUCUUCUUUGGCCCUCAUUCUUCCCAAGCUUGGUAGAUGCAUCCCUUGCCCAGAAGUUGAAGGGCAGUGCUUUUCAGGGUCCGAAAGGUUGAAUAGAUUUGCGAUGUACCAGUGCGAUGAAGGGAACUACAACGACCUUGCUGCACUCAUGUUCAACUCGCAGGGCUACACCUUACAUUCGCUGUUCACUGCAGAGAGCUUCUCCUUCUCCGCGCUCUCAACACUGCUAUUCACAGCCUUCUAUUUCUUUUUGGCCAGUGUGACAUAUGGUUCUGCACUCCCAACAGGACUGUUCACACCCAGUCUCAUAUUUGGUGCGAGCUUUGGGCGGCUCUUUGCCCAUGUCCUCAGUUAUGCUGGGCUGCCUGAGGUCGAUUUCGGAUUAUAUGCAUUCUUGGGUGCUGCCUCUGUGCUGAGCGGCAUGUUUCGAUUUGCUGUGAGCUUCUGUGUCAUACUGCUGGAACUUCUCAGUGCCGAGAAGCAACUACCGCUGCUGAUGCUGGCCAUGGUGUUUGCUAAAGGAAUUGGGGAUAGGUUUAAUGGCUCUAUUUUGUAUCAUCUCUGCAUGAUCAUGGGCAUCCCACUUGUUGGUUCGCACCCUGAGUCGACCAUUCGACGAAAAGGCUUCCAGGCAAAGGACGUCAUGACACGCCAGCAGGACUUGAGUAUAUUUGAACCCAUGGAAGAAGUUGCUGCAGUGCGACAAGCUCUGGACAGGCAUGCCUGUGGUGCCUUCCCUGUGGUGAAGAGGGGAGGAGAGCCAGGUCAGCACCAAACUGCAGAUUUUCUUGGGAUGGUGGAAGCCAAGGAUGCACAGCGACUACUGGCUGGACGGGAGGAGGAGGACCUGGUCGAUCUCACUUCCAUUAUUCAGGCUGCACCAAUUGUCAUCCCCACCACGAUGCCACUCACCACAGUGUUCAAGCUGUACAACACCACAGGUGUCAAGUACCUGCCUGUCAUGGAGGGCCACCACACCCUGAAGGGCAUGGUGUCUAGAAGAGAGCUGGUGGAGUGUCAGAGUGUGUUGGACCCCCACAUCGACGAGAGGGGUAGGCAGAGCUUCACGACUAUUCGCCGUUCCCUUUCAGGGACCGCAGGGAGACUGGCACUGGGGAUGGACCUCCUACCUGAAAUCUCCUCUCCACUCCUUUGCAACUUGGAUGGGGAUGGCAGUCACGACAGCGAAUGCCAUGAUGCAGGUGCCAACCAAGCCUAA